AUGAUUGUGCAAGAUACUAUGGCAAUUUAUAAUUACCAUUGUAUUUUUUAAGUUUAAUUUAAUCUGAUAAUCAAACAAUUAUUUUUAUUGAUAAACUAAAUCAAAAUAAAUGGAUUCAAUUUUUUAUCUGAUAUUUCUGCCUUUUUGUUUGCAUAAACUCAAAAUACGUGGAGGACAGUGUAUUCUCUCCUUCCUGGCUAAAACGGGACUGAUAGUAUUAUUAAUAUUUUAUAAUUAGAUUGGAAUAAUAUAAAUUCAAUAGAUGACCCAAUUAGUAAUUGUUAUGGGUCAUAGAUAAUUGGAGGUUAUUUAAAGUUUGGUAAAUCUACCUGGAUUUCUUUAAAUCUUAAACUUCCACCACAUUAUUCAGCAAGAAUUUCUCUCUCAUUUUGGAAGUAUAAAAUAAGCUAUAUAUAUUAGAGUUGACAGUUGGGAUGGUGAAAUUUUCUAAUUAAUAUAUGACAAUAAGGCAUAUAUUAGAAAGUUUUUUCAUGAUGAAGGUCUUGAUCUUUGUGGUAUGGGAGUUUCAAUGACCAAUAAGUUCGCUUAAACUUUACAAUAGAACCGCAUUAUUCGGAAUCCCUAGUAGUAAUUAUGA